CGAGGCAGGACGGUGCUUGUCGAAGCCAGAGGGAGGGAAGUUGCAGUGAUCAGGGUGUGAGGCCAUGGGGGCCUGGAUGGGAGCUGUGGCAGGGGUGGAUAGGACGGCUGUCUCCUGGAGAAGUUACACAGAAAGAAUCAGUAAGAUUCAGACACAGCCUGACGUUCAGACAAGUGCUCGUUUCUGCCCGCGUUCCCAGCUGUGUGGGACUCCUGCCUGCUCCCAGCCAGGAACAGCCCCAUGGCCUCUCUGCCCCUCCCCUCUACAGUCAGACCACACCAGGGGUGUGUCCGCAUCACCCACUGUGCAUCCCCUCUGCAGGCGUGGCAGAGAAGCAGGCACCAUGGUUCUGGAUUCACGUGGUUCUCCCCACUGCCUCUUUGAUGCUCAUCCUGGUCCUUGUCAUUUUGUUGAUUCGAAUGGAAAGAGUCUGGGUUAUUCUCAUGCCCAGAAUCCCCAACCCCAGCAAGAACUUCGAUGAGCUCUUCAACACCCACCAGGGCAACUUCCCGGAAUGGGCCGGAGUCUCCAAGGACGUCGUGGAGAGCUUUAAACCCAACUACAGCGAGAGCUUCUGCUACGUCAGCGAGCUAUCCCCCAAGGAGGGCAGCACGCCCCUCUGGGAGGGCCGUGACAAGCCGAGAGCCCCCUCGGGGCGCUCCUCGGCCCCAGCCUCCAGCAGCAGCCCUGGGCUGAUCCUCUCCAAAAACAGCUACGUGGGAGUGUGACAUUACCAGCAGGAGUCGGGAUUGUCUGCUUCUAUCGCCUCUCCUCACACUGCAC